GUUUCGUGCCUGUUUUGAAGACAGGACUUACUAUGGCAUUUUUCCAAUCUUUCGGUAAGCGACCCUGCGUAACGGAUAGGUUAAAGCAUGUACUUAAAGGGCUUGCAACGAAGUUAGAUAAUUCCUUCAGUAGCCUAGGAUGUAAUUCAUCGGGCCCCGUGGAUUUACCUAUGUCAAGCUUAUUUAGCAGACCAAAGACAUCGAGUUCUUUAAUGGUCACGCUAUCCAGUGUAUGUAUGGGGGGAUCUGUAUACGCUGACGAGAAGGGCGCUUCUAUGGUAUACACGUUGCUAAAGUAGUUCGAGAACGCUUGAGCCUUACCAAAGUCGUCCUCCACUAAUGAUGAAGCAGUACUGUCUCCCCAUAUAAGACUGAUCAUCAGAGAGAACCUUUUAGGAAUGUUCAAAAAUGAGACCAAAUUGUAUCAAAUCAAACCGCGUAGCUAUUUAGUAGGACUUUUUACUGGAAUACAUAAUAUCAUUCAAGGCGACGUCGGAUCUUUACAUUGUAACAUAUAACGAGGAUUAAUUUGGGUAAUUUACCUUUUGUCUUCGCCACUGACUACUGGGUACUUUUCUCGUGUUUUUCAUCCCCGGAUAUCCUUACUGUCGCUGCUUCGCACGCUUUCGCAGCAUCUAAAGUACAUUCAAGUUAGACUCAAACUCCUAAUUCUCUAAUUUUAUCUCAUCAGACUGUCUUAAUCUCAUAAUUGAGUCACCAUUAAUUGUUGUCAGUUACUCGCAUUUAGGAAGGUGAAUCCCAUGUGUCUCUUGAGUCCUAGAAAUAAGACUUUCUGCAUUUGUUUUUUUCAGGUACUGUUCUGCACUCAGAGUGUUCAUUGAAUUAUUCAGAAUACGCAUAUGACAUAUUUCCACUCUGUGAAGAUGCUGACAAAACGUAACAGUACUAGUAUGUUUAUGGUGCGUUUCUAUCCCUCUAAACGCAAGAUGUUAUUGCAAGACAUGUCUGUUUUGACACUUAAACUUAAGAUAAAAUGUGAAGCGCCUACUUAAGUCAACUACUCCAUUUUUCUUAAACAUUUUAAUCCUGUUGGGUUUGUGCCUGAAAAAAUGUAUUUAUGGAUUCAAAAAGAGCAAUUUGUAUUGCUUAAUGUGUCACAUGUGGCAUAGGUAAGAUUUUCGUUCACUGAUUAGAAGUCUUGCAUACUUCACAGUAGAUCACUCUACAUCAAUCUAUGGCUGUAAAACACAGUCUGCAAAGGUUUAAAACGGGCACGAAAGUCAGGUUUUUGAUUGAGCAUGUCUUACAAACAUUUCUUUGAACAUUGUUGAGACCAGGUAUAAGAUAACAGUCGAAUAUAGAAAAUAGAUUGAUGAAGGCGAUGUGCGCUUGACCACUUACUUUGAUAAAAGAUACCUAUCAGAAGGGGUUUGUGGAGAUUUUUAGAAAAUUUCACAGUGUAAAAGAUACCUGUUUGAAAGUACGUUGGAGAUAAGCUAGGGGCAUUCAAAAGAAACGUCACAUCAAUCACUAGGUCACUGACUAGUGAACUGCGCGACGUAGGUGGGUACAGACUGUCUAGUUGGGGUUUUCGUGACAGCCGCGGUCAGUGGUUGAAGGCUUUGGGCGAUGUAUAUGAGAAUCACUUGAAAUGGCUCAGAAUCAUUCACUAAUUAUUUGUCUCUUGAUCUUGAAUUCCAGUUUUACUUUGUUCAAACAUCUCCACUCUGUCUUUUCAAACCAAACUUUCAAGGUUUUGACUCCGUUGUAAAUAUUUAAUACUAUAUCAUUUCGGUUUCGUUUAUUGUUCUCAUCUCGUCGUACUAAUUAAGUAUAGGAACUUAUUCUAGUCACAGACCUUAUGUUAAUAAUGUCUGUCUUCCUGUUUCUAAAUUAAUUUGUGAACUGCUAUGCACGUUCAAAAAAUGCUAAAUGUACUAUCUGGUUAGAUCCGAGCGGUUACAUGUACCUUUAAUUAAAGAAUUUAUUACCAAAAAAUUACAGAGAUCCGAUUGAGUUGAGUAUCUCGUGCAUUCAAAUCUUUCGCAUAUUAUUUACAGUUUUAUUAUUCGUGUCUGUUCUUAACUAUAUAUUAUAUGGUUACUGAUUUAAUAAUAAACUAUAACACAAAUUUCUUUGCUUUUAUCUCCCUUGUUUUAUUUGCUUUUGUCUUUUUCAGACCCUCGGAAGUCCGAAUGGUCAUUGCUUAUUUAGCCUAAAUAAAUUAUCAGUGAAAUUCUUACUGUAACUUCAUGGUCAAAUACUAGUCAUACAUGUAAUAAUUUCUGGACGUUGCUUUAGCAACAUGACUGAACAAAAUCUUGUUUGUUUACUGCAGAAGCCCUCUAAAAACCGUUCACAAGUCAUCUCAUAUCAGCUAUCAAAGAUAUUUAAAAAUUUGUAUCAAUUUUCGGCCUUAGAUGAUGAUAUAAUUUCAUACUUGCAGGCUGCGAAAGACAGUGAUGAUGCGAAACAUUCAUUGUAUAUAAAAGAAAUUGAUAAGGUUUUGGAAAAGCAUAAAGGUGUUAUUGAUGAGGUGAACACUGCAGAAUCACGAAUUAGGGAUUGUAGUUUGAGUAAACAUUUAUUUCAUAACUCAGAAAACGAAUCGCCAAGACCAGUACUCAGCAAUUUGCUCAGUUUUGAUGAAGUGGAUGACUCAUUUUUAGGUGACCUUGGCUUUUUGACAAAGGAGGAUAUUUAUUUCAAUGGAAAACCAAGAAGCCAUGGUUUUCCAGUUGUAAAAAGUUAUAAACAUUAUGAAGACGCUGAGAAUGUUGAUAUUUUACCAUCAAUCAAAUCGGUCGUAAAAUCUAGAGGAAAAACCGAUCAACUCAAAAACUUUAAUCCUAAGAGUUACUUAAAAAAUGAUGAUAUAAUAUCAGGUAUAAAUUUAAUACCUCCUACAAGACAACUAAUUCCAUUUGGGAAAAGAACAAAAGAAAAUAGAUCGUUAUUCCAAGCUGAACCCGAAUCAGUUAUUUUUAAGUCUUACCUAACAGGAAAUAUGUAUGAGGCUAUUGUUAAAAUACGCAAUAUUUCUGACAGUAGCCGACCAAUUCGAAUUCUUCCACCAAAAACAACAUAUUUUUCAAUUAAUGAGGGUAAAUUUCCACGACCAGGUAGUAGUAUAAUUGCACCGGGAAUGGCAGCUGUAUUUCUAGUACAAUUUUGCCCAGAUAAUGUUGGUGAUUUCGAAGAUGAAUUUAUAGUUAAAUAUGAAAAUCAACUAGAACCACUUUGUGUUAAACUGUUAGGACAAAAAUCACGACCACAACUUAAUAUACUUGAUUGUUACGAUUUGGGUUAUGCAUUAAAGGGUGGUGCAAGAGUAAGCACUAUUCAAUUAAAGAACUGUAAUGCAGAGAUUGCGUCUAACAGUAAAUUCCUUUUUAUUACACAAGAGGCAUUUAGUGAAUGUCAACAGUAUGGUGCAAAUAAUUUCUCAGAAUUUUACUCAUUGCAUGUGAAUUCCUCUUCAACUAGUUUAUGCUUGGAAUCAUUUUCUCUCAAACCAGUCAAUUUUGAUUUGGAAUCAUUGCAAUCGAUCACAAUAACAGUAGAGUUUAAACCAUUGUGUGUAGCAGAAUAUAAAUGGGAACUUGUAUUGAUUUCUGAUAAUGGUCAAUUUUUCCCGGUGACAUUCAAAAGUAGAGGGGAAGAACCUCAAUUACAAAUAAUCGAUAUUACUGAUCAGAAUCAGUUAUCUACUUCAAAUAAAUCGUCAACUACUUUUAGAAAAGUUGAUACUAUUUCAAAUGAUCAAUUUUAUUUCUAUCAAUUUCCAAAACAUUAUCCCCACACUAUUUCACCAAAAACAAUGACAAUAAGAAAUUGUUGCUCAGAACCACUACGUUUUCAAUGGAUUCAGGAAGAUGAAUUCAGUGGAACAAAUCUUUCAGAGUAUACUUCAGAUAGUUUAAUUAAAAGUGAUGAUGUAUUAAAUCAACGUAAAUCUUUAUCAACAACAAGUGUAAUAUCUUCAUCAGAUAAUCAAACCGAUAAUGAUGUACCAUUAUUAUUUACUAUUAAUCCAACAACUGGUGUGUUUGAAAUGAAUGAAAUGAAACAUUUUCAAAUUUGUUUUAAUCCAACUCAAGUUGGAACAUUUAGAACACAACUGGCAAUAGUAUUGCUUGGUACACCAGAAGUAGAUGAACAAGGAAAUUGUUAUAAAUUAGACAAAAAACACUUAACAAUUGAAUUAGAAGGGACAGCAGAACCACUUUCAAUAUCAAUUGAACCACCAAUUUUGAUUAUUCCUGGAAAGUGUUUGCUUGAUGUUCCUGUGUACCGUACUGUGCAGUUAGUGAAUAAAUCCUCCAAUUGUUCUGUAAUAUAUUCAUGGCAACAUAAUUUUAACAUUGAAAGAAAUUCUAUCAAUUUAAGUGAUUGUACUCAAUCUACAACAGAAGUUCUUCAAUCAAGUAGACAACAAAGUUCAAAAACGUUUAAUGAAAUAGAAAAAUCAAAUAAUGCUUUAAUUGUUUUAGAACCAACUAUAGGUUCAAUUGAUCCUGGACAAUCAAUUAAUGUUGAUAUCAUGGUAUCAUCUUCAAAAUCUAUUACAAUUAAAGAAAAUAUUCCAUGUUUUAUUAAUAUAUUACCUAAUAGUCCACUUUGGUUAUAUAUUGAAGUUGAAUUUUCGGGCCCUACCAUUAUUUUUGAUAGAACAGACUGUAACUUUGGUCUUAUGCGUCCGAAUGAAACAGCUGAAAUGGAUAUACUACUAACGAACACUACCCCCUCUCCAAGAAAAUGGUUUGUGAAAAUGGAAACAUUUAUUGACAAGCUCUCUUGGUUAAGAGAAUAUAUUUUCAUAAAAAAAUCUUUUAAAUAUUGAAAUAUAUUUACAGUUUGGAUCUGACUUACAAGCACACCCAUCUUAUGGAGUCAUAAAACCCUUCCAAUCAGUAAAAAUGAAUUUGAUUUUUACACCACAAGUAACAAGAAGUGUUCGUGACAUUAUUACUGUACAUACUGAAGAUUCUGAAGAAAUAAGCAAACUUUUAAUCAUAGCAGAAGUUCAAACUCCGCUGAUUGAUUUCCAUCCACUUCAUAUUGAUUUUAAUCAAUGUUUUUGGAAUGUUCCUGUCACUGAAACAGUAACAAUCACAAAUUUAAAUAUGUUGGAUUGUGAUUUAGAAUGGAUUGAACCUAUUGGAAAUGAUAAAGAAUGGGUUACAAUUAAUGUGAUCCCCAAAACUUAUCGAAUCAUAGGUCAACAAAGUCAAAUAUUUGAAAUUUCGAUAUGUGCUCAUAAACAGAAACCAGUUGAAGAUCUUCAAAUCCCAUUACGUGUAAAUGGAUUGAAUGAGUUUUUAUAUUUACCAAUUACAGCUAAAGUCCAAGGAUUGUCAAUAAACUAUUUUCCAUUCAAUCAAGAUAUAGAUUCAAUAUGCAAAGAAAGUUCGCAUGAAAAUAUCAAUAUUCCAAACAAUAAUUUAAAUGAAACAACGAUCUUAGACUUUGGACAAAAUAUUGGUCUUUUUGAACCAGUUGAAAAAUGGAUUGAAUUUAGGAAUAAUACACCCAUACCAACCAGAAUAUGCGUAGAUACUGGGAGAUUAUCUACAAAAACUAAUUAUGCUGGUUAUGAGAAUUUUCCUCAUAAACCUAAACUUGGCGCUGUGAAAUAUUUAUUCGUAACAUCAAGACAAUCUACUGAAAAAUAUUUAAGUAGUCAAAAUGUUCUACACGACAUGGAUGAUCAUAAAACUCAAAUUAGGAUUCUUUAUGAUUGGUGUAAUUUAUUAUUGAAACAGUCGAAAGGUGCAUGUGUACUAGCACAUUCAGCUAUAUCAUCCACCAAUUAUACAACAGAUUUUCAAUUAGCCGAGCUUAAACCAAUUACUAUUAGUCAGUAUACAACUACGCUACCAACUAUUCCAUCAUGGCAUUUACCAGGAUAUGGUUCACUAAGGAUUUGUUUCAUAUGUGUAGCCAAUCUAUGGGGAGUUUAUGAAGAUAACAUUUAUAUUUAUGUAUUGCCAGAAUUUGAUCUUACAUCUGAAUCCUAUCUAUCACCUGUUGUAUUUUGUACAUCUUUCAAAAUAGUUGGAUGUCCAAUUUAUUCAUUAGCCGCAGGUCAUUUCGGUGAAUUAUCGAAUAAAGCAAUACUGAAUACUGAUGUAAAGAAUAAUUCAAUAUUUCCUAAAACUGCUUUACCAGUUAGAGCUACAAGACAAUUUAUACGAUUCGGUAGUGCAUUGUUUAAUGGACCAGUUGUUAAACGUCAAAUACGUUUACAUAAUUCAUGUGAAGCUGCUAUUCGAAUUGAUUGGCAAGUGUUUUUGGAUUCAGAAAUAGAAGAUCAUAAUCAAUUGAUUAAUCUUUUAUGUUUUAUAUCAGAACCUUUUAAAAAUGUUUCAUAUAAUCAUCAAUUGAAUAAAGAAAAAUCACUGACUGGUGAAUAUUUAAUACUGAAUGAACCAUCAGCUGAAGAUUCCGCUAAAAAUCAAUUAAUUAAUUUAGUACUUCGACCAUAUGAUGGAAAAUUAAUAUGGGAAUCAUCAUCAUCUCAAAUUAUUCCAUCAAAUAAUGAUAAUUUUAGUAAACUAUUCAUCAUAUCACCUGAACAGUUGAUAAUACAACCACAUGAAGAAGCUACAAUUACAAUUUUAAUGAAUCCAAUAGAAGCGUAUUCAGAUAUGAAAUGUUAUGAAGUUUUCAAUUUAAAAGCUCAUAUAAUUGGUUAUUUAACUAUAGACUCAAAAUAUUAUUUGGAUAUUCCACGUACACAUGCAUUAAUCACAGAACAAUUACGUUUUGAUAUAACUGCUAAAUUGGAACAACCUAGACUCAUUAUUGAUCUAAACAAUAAUCCCUUGGAAAUUGUAAGCACGUCUCCUAAUCCUCCACGACCAAGGAUUCUGCAUUUUAAAUCAGGAUUAGGACAAUUUCUUGUUAAUUCCCUGAAAAAGAAAGCAGAAGAAAACACAGUUAGUGUACCUAAAAACUAUUCCUACCAAUCCAAGAAUUCGGAACAAGUUAAUCAACGAACGCAGAUUGAACGAAGAAUUCCACGUACACUUCUGAAUGAGACCAACUGUUUACUAAUAAGUAGUAUAAUCCUCUUACGCGACAUUCACAUAAGAUGCCCAAAUAGUAUACCAGUCACAAUCUGUAUAAAAGCAAAUGAAACGAAGUAUUUGGGAUUUCAUGUUAGAGAGGAAAAACCAUACAAUACGAACGAACAUGAUAGUAUCAUUACAGACUCGCAAGAUGAUAAUCUGACAACAAUGAUGCCAAUGACAAAAAUGUCGUUUGAGCAACUCUAUAAACCGCAAAUCAUCUUAACUCUCAACCCAGGUAAAUUACAAAAGAUAACAGUUGGUUAUCUGUUAGAAAAGGAUUUAUGCCUUCAUAGUAUCACUUCGAAUAAUUUGACAGAUUCGGCAAGCAGCUUACAGGUGAAUGAUUCUUAUUUCAUUUUGAAAAAUGAAAUUUUAUUUCAAUUUAAUCAUUUCAAUCAUAAUAAUAUUCAAUCAAAUUUCUAUAAUUCAAUAAUCAAUAAUAAUAAUAGUAAUAAUAAUAAUAUAAAUGAUCUAUUUAAAUUAUAUACACAAAUUACAAUUAUUCGACCAAAAUUUAAAUUACUUCCUAAUGAUAAUUUAAAUUUUCAUACUGUUUUAAUUGGACAAAUAAAAAGAAUAGAAAUUAAAAUUCAAAAUUUAACACAAACUUCAACAUUUUGGUCAAUACAACAAUAUGAUAUAAAUAAUAAUCAACAGAAAAUAAAUGAACAUAAUGAAGACAAUGUAUUCAUGGCAAAUAAAAUAUCAGGCUAUUUGAAUCCAUUUUCAUCUAAUGAAGAUGGUUAUUUUGAUUUGAUUACUGUAGAAUUCAAACCAAGAAAAUCUAUUCAAUAUGAAACUAUAUGGAAGUUUGAAGGAAUUUUGGGUGAAGAAGUACAAAUGAUCAAACUUACUGGUACCGGGACAUUUAAUGAAUAUUACCACACAUUUUACUAAUGAUAAUACAGUCAUUUAAACAAAAAUUUGAACAGAUUUUUAUAUACAACUGAGAGACAAAAUCAUAUGGAUUCUUUCUUAUUUCUUAGUUUUUGAUAAAACCUUCGUUUAUUCUUCUUCAUAUCUGUUGAUAAAUCUUUUAAUAAGGUUUAUGAUCAAAUUAAAUAAUUAAGCUACAUUUUUUCGCAUGUAAUGUUUAUAUUCAAGCAUACAGUAUCUUAAUAAACUGAUGACAAUCCUGGUUUUUUCUAAGUACUUAAAGAUUUACUCAAUCAGGGGUAUAAUAAUUACGGGAUGGCAGGGAAGAUUUGUAGCUCAGGUAGGUGAUUUCGAUGGAGUUUUGAGCGAAACUAUAAUUGAUGAACGAGCCAAUCAGAAGCGUUUGAGGGAUUACAAGGUCACAGCUCCAAGUUCAGUACCUAAUGCUCACGUACGAUCGGUUUACAACGAAUUUUAGAGAAGACGUGAUAAUUGAGCUGCUAAAACAGAUGAAAUUACUAAGAAGUUCCUUUAUUUGUCACUACGGUAAUCAAAUGAUUGUUGUACCGUGUGCAGACUACCGUGAUGAGAUUAUCUUUCGAUAUUAUUUAUGGUGUAGGAAGACGUCUGCUCGAACAGGAACUUUCUUCACUUCAGCUGUUAAGUGGUAUAAGUAUUGUAGAGAUAUAUGUACAAUAAAAAUCGCAUGCUUACACCAGUCGUUCGGGGGAGUUGUGAGAGUCGUUGAAAUAGACAAAACAGUAGUCAGGAAGUAAAUAUUUAACAGAGGAUAUAGUAUUAAAGAAGACUGGGUAAGUGUCACUUCCAUAAAUAUACCUCACAGGUCCUUGGAAUUUACGAAUGUCAACCCAAAAGGGACAUUUUCAAAGGGUCAGAAACCGACAGGCAACGACAAUAAUACCAAUUAUGCAGGAAUAUGUGCAACCAGGCACUAAAAUCUAUGCAGAUGAUUGGAGAACAUACAGACACCUGCAUAGCCUUGGUUAUGUGCAUCAUGUCGUUGUCCACAAGCGCCAUUUUGUGAACUCUACAACCGGAGCGCACACUAGCAAUAUUGAAGCUAUGUGGUCGGGGCUGAAGGAGGUUUUAUGACCUUAUCAUGGCUCGAUAGGCCUACUAUUAUGUAGUCAUAUGGAUGAGUUCCUCUAUCAUAUGCAUUACGAUCUCCGAACCUCUUUCAAACCUUGAUAAAUUUUUGAACCAUGUAACAGAAGUGUAUCCACUUUAAUUCUUUAGUUUCGUAUGACAUAUUUUUACUUUAGACUAACUGUCUUCUGAUUGGCUAAUAUUUAUCAAACUCACUUAAGAUUCGUUCAAAAGUCGUCCAUAAAUGAUAGUCUCACCGAGUUUUGUUCUCUGAACUGAAUGGUUUGGUCUUGGAGCUUUCAUCGUUAUUCUGAACGACAUCAUCAGCACAAACUUGACGUAGAAGUAAAAUGUUCGAGUUUCUCCUCGAAUUGCUCACAAAAUAAGUGAAAAGUAAAAUUGAUUUAAUAACUUUUCCACGAG